AUGCUUCCUGCAGGCCGGGUGGUCCUCAUUGUGGAUCUGAAGGAUUGUUUUUUUUCGAUUCCUUUGCAUCCCGAUGACAGACCAAAAUUUGCCUUCUCGGUGCCAGCGAUUAACGAGGCUGAGCCCGCACAGAGAUAUCAAUGGAGGACAUUGCCUCAGGGCAUGUGCAAUUCUCCUGCCAUAUGCCAGUGGUAUGUGGCCCGUGCCUUGUCUGGAGUUCACAAGCAGUUUCCUGAUGUGCGUCUGUAUCAUUAUAUGGACGACAUUUUGGUGGCCACGUCCACCCAGGAUGAGCUGCUGAGGAUUCAGCCUCGGUUGCUUGAUGCUUUGCAUGCUCAUGGACUGGAGGUGGCUCCAGAAAAGGCUGCAGACGAGGCACAUCAGCCUCGAGCGAAGGUUCGGGUGCGGAAUUUAGUCACCAAACAGUGGGAAGGUCCCUAUGACCUUAUCGCUUCGGGGCGCGGGUAUGCUUGCGUGUCCACAGAUACUAGGGUGCUUCUAGAGAAAGAGCAGGAGCACACUGCCUCAUCUGAGAUGGCAUGCCAGACUCAGGGAGAGCUGUUCCCUGCCCGAGAGCAGGAAGAGCAGCUCAGGCAGCAGGUGGAAGAGCCACAGGAGAAUGGCCAGAACAUCAAGGCAGAGCCUCAAACAGAGCUGCCCGAAGCUCAGAGUGACAUCAUGGCAGUGAAGAGAAAGAACAAGGAAGACAUGGGAAGAAUUCAAGAGGAGAAUCUCCUUCAGCAGAGGGGCGAUCAACAAAACCAGGUGAAUGAAAGAGUGGCAGCCACUCCACUCAUGAAACAUCCUCUCUUUUGUUUGUUAGAGAACAUGAAGGAACAGCUGGAUGCAGAGCUUCAGAUAGCUCACAGUAUGAUCAAGGCAAGGCAUAAGCGGCUGGAGGAAGAAAUGAAAAUCAUCAGAGAGAAACUUAAUCGCUUCCGUCAGUCUCUGCAACACCAAGUGGCAAUAAAAAAAAUAAAUCUUCAAGGAGUGAGGAGGAAGGAGCUAACCUUUAAUGAAAUAAUGAUUAUGAAGAGGUAUAGGAGUCCCAAUGUUGUGAAUUAUUUAGACAGCUACCUUCUGGGCGAGGAACUCUUGCUGGUUAUAGAGUACAUGGAUGGAGGCAUCCUGAGCGAUAUCGUCAGCCAGACCUGCCUGUCUGAAGAUGAGAUGGCAGCCUUCAGUCGGGAGUGCCUGCAAGGACUGGAUUUUCUUCAUUCAAAUGAUGUGAUCCAUCGAGACGUGAAGAGCGACAACAUCCUUCUCAGAACGGACGGCUCUGUCAAAUUGGCUGAUUUUGGCCUCUCUACUCAGCUCACCCCUGAGCAGAGCAGACGGUGCUCGCUAACCGGGACUCCUUGGUGGAUGGCACCUGAAGUGGUGACAGGUCAACCAUAUGGCCCCAAAGUGGACAUAUGGUCUUUGGGAAUUGUGGGAAUUGAAAUGAUAGAACAAGAACCUCCUUACUUGGGCGAAAGUUCUGGCACGGCUACACACCUGAUAGCCACAGUAGGGACCCCACAGCUGCGGCAGCCCAAGCUCCUCUCGGCUUUGCUGCGUGACUUCCUGAGCUGCUGCCUGCAGACAGAUGAGGAGCAGCGCUGGUCUGCCAAGGAUCUCCUGCAGGAAAUGUACCCAUCUGGGGAAGUGCCCUUGGCAGAGAGGGGCUUGAUUCCCAAGGAAACUGCUUCCCCAGGAGCCCCUAGUGAGACAGGUGCAAGUGUCUCCAUUUGA